AUUCUUUGCUUCACGUCAUUGAAUUCAAUACGUGACUUACCAACCCAAUCCCAGAAACGAAGGAAUUCCCACUCGACUCGAUUCCAUUCAUAUUUUCUCGCUGAAUUUUCUAGAUAAAGAAAAGAAAAAGGAAAAGGAAAAGAGAACGUAAAAGGUUGGAUUUUGAAGAGACAUUAGAGAGAGUUUGAGAUGAAGGGUCUUUCUUCGAGGACCAAGGUCGUUAUCAGGCACUUGCCUCCUUCUCUCUCGCAGUCCGAUCUCUUUCAACAAAUUGAUGAUCGAUUCUCUGGCCGCUACAAAUGGUCUUGCUUCCGUCCCGGAAAGAUUAGCCUAAAGCAUCAGAGAUAUUCUCGAGCAUACAUAGAUUUCACCAGAGCUGAAGAUGUUUUAGAGUUUGCUGAAUUUUUUGACGGUCAUGUCUUUGUUAACGAGAAGGGCGUUCAGUAUAAGACUAUAGUCGAAUAUGCUCCUUCCCAGCGUGUUCCAAAACUUUCUAGCAGGAGGGAUGGUCGUGAGGGGACCAUUAUUAAAGAUCCUGAUUAUUUGGAGUUCCUCAAAAUCAUUGCGAAGCCUGCUGAGCAUUUACCAAGUGCCGAAAUACAAUUGGAAAGAAAAGAAGCAGAACAAGCUGGUGCUGCAAAAGAAACCCCUAUCAUUACCCCCCUUAUGGAAUAUGUUCGUCAGAAACGUGCAGUUGGAAAUGGAGCUCAGGGUUCAGUAGUUGUUGGGAAAGUUAGCAGAAGAUCUGGGGCCGGAUCUUCACGAAAGCGGCAGCCCAGCUCAUCUACGAAAAAAGUUUCGGAGAAGAAAAAGUAUAUAUUAAAGGACAAAACAAGAAAUACCAGUCGAAAGGAUAAGUCAAAUUUCACUGUGGUGCCUAGACGAGAGGAUCAACUUACGACUUCAAUUGGGAAAGAAAUAUCUGAAAUUGAAUCUGUUUCUGCAAUUGAAGGUUCUUUUUCUGGCAUUCCUGUGAUUGCUGAUUCUGGGAAGAAGAAAAUCUUGCUUCUUAAAGGAAAAAGGCCUGAAACAACUCAGCAGCAGGAGACAUCUCUAGGAAAUUCUUCUGUUUCAGGUUCUCCAAAGCAGAAUCAAAGGCGUGAGGCUAGUGGUAGGUUGAUCAGAAGCAUUCUUUUAAACAAUGAAUCUCGUCAAGGUCAAAGUUCAACUGCAGGACAGCCUCAGCAGAAAAUUGAAAAUUUGAACAUUGAAAAUGUGAAACGACUUCCACGGAAUAUGAGAGGGCUGAACGGUCAGGUUUCUCACCAUGAACUGAAUUCAUUGAAGUCUGAAGGAGACAGAAAAAAGGAUUUAGAAGACAAGUUUAUGAAGAAAGGCCAGCAUAAUGGGGGUAAUGUUAGUGAAAAGCAAGAGAAACGUACCAGAAAUAAAGACAGACCUGACCGUGGUGUUUGGGCUCCCCUUCGUCGUGCUGAUGUUUCACAUACUAGUGAUGAGCGCAUGUCAUCCUCAGUCUUGCAAUCUACUCAGUUACCCUCUGAUACCGUUGAAGGUUCUCAUAGGAAUGUUGGUCAUCGCGGAACUGUCAACAAUAUAAAAGAUGAGAUCCCCCAAAAUGCAAGUGAGGGAAAGUCUUCUAAAAGAGUUGCUGCUGUUCAUGGUGCCCAUGAGAAACAAGUAUGGGUGCAGAAAUCUUCUGCUGGUUCUUAGUAUGUGAUUGAUAGUGGCAUUCGAUCAGAAUUGAGAUUCCUCGAGUGCCUGGGAAUUGUUUGUCUUUUGUGGCUUACACCCUCAAAUGUCAUGGCACCGUCUCCGAUACUACAGCUCCACUCCCCAUUGAAGGCAUCGUGUAAAGGGCAAAUUUUUUGGGAACACAAUUAUCUGUUAAUGCCAAAUUUAAGAAACCCGUCAUGCUUGUGGACUUUUUGAUUGCGGUUACAAAGCUCUGAUACGCGGUGUUCGUGGGGAUGCAGCAAUGCUCGGUUGGAGGAGUGCGAAGUGAUGUGUCCGAGGGACAAAGGUGAUAAGUUUGGGGAAAGGAAUGUUUGAAUUUCUCAGCGUAUGACUUUUAUGGCCAUUUGUAUAUUUUUUUUUUCACUAGUGUGAAGUACAGUAUAUCUCGUGAGAGGAAAAUGCUUGGUGUGGUCUGAUUUACUUGGUUUCACCUUGAUGUAAUGGUUCACUUAUCGAAAACUGUGUAGGCCUCAUUUUAUAUGAUGGGGUUCUAUAUUGACUCAUCUUGACACAAGAAUAAUUGUCUUGAAUAAUUCUUCUACUAAAGUUACAAUCUAGGGUGCCAUUCCUAUGUUUUUUGUUUUAAA